AUGGGGGACCGACUCAGAAUUAAGACGAAUGAGUGUGUUCUAGAUAAGCCCCACCGAGAAAGUAGUUGGAUCGCAGUGCACAGCAGUCCGAAGGGGCUUUGGGAGCCCGGCAGGAAAGGACUCCGCCGCCCCCAGCGCACCGCACCCCUGCCGGGCGCAGGGACGAGACCCAUUCCCCCGAAAGCCAAAAAUCCUGGCCGCGGAUUUACACAGGCUAAUAAAUGCGAGGCGCCCGCCGAGACGCCCCGUGACCGCCGAGGCGGCAGCGCACGUCCCCGUCGCGAUCACGCCGCGAGCUCCGCCGCCUCCCGAAGCCACGCAGACCGCGAGCGCCGCGGUCCCCGCCGGAGCCUCGGAGCGCUCGGGCGGCGAUGGAGGGCUCGCUACCCUAAUAUCUCUCGGCGAGCGGCGCGGGGCUCUGAGAGGCUCGCUGGCCAUCGCGGUCGGUCGGGAGGCGGAAUCGAGGUGGGUUUUGGUGGAGGGGAAAAACGCGCAGGAGAAGACGGAAUCCGGAGUGGCGGAGACUUUGUGCCCCCGUUGGAGAGAUGGUUGAGUCCUCGUCAAGGUUGCUGUGGCAUCCGCAAAGGGGGAAGCCGAGCGCAGGAGCCCAAGCCCCGGGAGCCUGGCAUGCGGACCUGCGCUAGAUGUGGCCGCCUCGACUUCCUCCUAAUGAAGAAAAUGGGGAUUAAAAGUGGAUUUACGUUUUGGAACCUCGUCUUUUUACUGACGGUGUCCUGUGUGAAAGGGUUUAUUUAUACAUGUGGCGGAACUUUAAAAGGACUUAAUGGCACUAUAGAAAGCCCUGGUUUUCCAUAUGGAUAUCCAAAUGGUGCAAACUGUACAUGGGUAAUAAUAGCAGAAGAAGGAAAUAGAAUACAAAUUGUGUUUCAGUCAUUUGCACUAGAAGAAGAAUAUGACUACUUGUCCUUAUAUGACGGACACCCGCACCCUGCAAACUUCAGGACAAGGCUAACAGGAUUCCACCUGCCACCACCAGUGACCAGCACCAAGUCCGUAUUCUCACUACGUUUGACCAGUGACUUUGCGGUUAGUGCUCAUGGGUUUAAAGUGUACUAUGAAGAAUUGCAGAGUAGCUCUUGUGGAAACCCUGGAGUUCCGCCCAAAGGUGUCUUGUAUGGCACGCGGUUUGAUGUUGGGGACAAGAUCCGCUACAGCUGUGUGACCGGCUACAUCCUGGACGGCCACCCGCAGCUCACCUGCAUAGCCAAUUCCGUGAAUACCGCCUCAUGGGACUUUCCUGUUCCCAUCUGCAGAGUUUUCAAAAUCCUCUUUGUGCUUUUACAAGAUGUGAUAAAUAAUAUGAUGACUGUCGGGGCCAAAUGCCAUUCAGUGGAAAGCCUGGCUUAUAAAAACAUUGUGAUGUGUUCUCAUGUACUGUAUUCAGCCACCUGCAAGUUGUCUGGAAUGAAUAUACCACCGCCAAUUAUCAGCAACAAAAACUGGCUCAGACUGCAUUUUGUUACAGACAGCAAUCACCGAUAUCGUGGAUUUAGUGCUCCGUAUCAAGGUUCUUCUCCAUUGACCCACACUACCUCCACUGGUGAGUUAGAGGAGCAUGACAGGACUGCCACUGGUGCUAUUGCUGUUGCUAGCACUCCUGCAGAUGUUACUGUAUCCAGUGUUACAGCUGUCACCAUCCAUAGACUUGCCGAGGAGCAGCGAGUGCAAGUUACGAAUCUCAGAAAUUCAGGUCUGGACCCCAACACAUCCAAGGACGGUCUCCCUCCUCGUCAAGCAGACACACAAAGUGCAAGGAGAAGAACAAGAAAUGCUGAACAGAUAGAAAGGACUAAAGAACUUGCAGUUGUUACUCAUAGAGUGAAAAAGGCCAUAGAUUUUAAAUCUAGAGGAUUUAAGUUGUUUCCAGGCAAAGACAACAGCCACAAGUUUUCUCUCUUAAAUGAGGGAGGUAUUAAAACAGCUUCCAAUUUAUGCCCUGAUCCCGGAGAACCAGAAAAUGGAAAGAGAAUUGGAUCAGAUUUUAGCCUUGGAUCCACUGUUCAGUUCUCUUGUGAUGAGGAUUAUGUCCUGCAGGGGGCAAAGAGUAUAACCUGCCAGAGGAUAGCCGAAGUCUUCGCUGCCUGGAGUGACCACAGGCCUGUAUGCAAAGUGAAAACAUGUGGCUCCAACCUUCAGGGACCGAGUGGUACCUUCACGUCCCCCAACUUUCCAUUCCAGUACGACAGCAACGCACAGUGCGUCUGGGUCAUCACAGCCGCGAAUACAAAUAAGGUUAUCCAGAUAAAUUUUGAAGAAUUUGACCUUGAGAUCGGCUAUGACACGUUGACCAUUGGUGACGGGGGCGAAGUUGGAGACCCAAGGACUGUGCUGCAAGUGCUGACUGGCAGCUUCGUACCGGACCUGAUCGUGAGCAUGAGUGGCCAGAUGUGGCUGCACCUCCAGACGGACGAAAGCGUCGGCUCUGUUGGCUUCAAGGUUAACUACAAAGAAAUUGAGAAAGAAAGCUGUGGCGAUCCUGGUACACCUUUAUAUGGAAUUAGAGAAGGCGAUGGGUUUUCCAAUCGUGAUGUUUUAAGGUUUGAAUGCCAGUUUGGGUUUGAAUUAAUUGGAGAGAAAUCCAUUGUUUGUCAAGAGAAUAACCAGUGGUCUGCAAACAUACCCAUCUGCAUCUUUCCUUGUCUCUCUAACUUUACUGCACCAAUGGGAACCGUUCUUUCUCCUGAUUACCCAGAAGGGUAUGGAAAUAAUCUGAAUUGCAUCUGGACUAUAAUCUCUGACCCAGGAAGUCGCAUACACCUUUCCUUCAAUGACUUCGAUUUGGAAUCCCAGUUCGACUUCCUUGCUGUCAAAGAUGGCGAUUCUCCAGAUUCCCCAAUUCUUGGCACCUUCACUGGGGCAGAAGUGCCUUCCCACCUCACAAGCAACAGCCACAUACUGCGCUUGGAAUUUCAGGCUGACCACUCCAUGUCGGGACGUGGGUUCAAUAUCACUUACAACACUUUUGGACAUAACGAAUGCCCUGAUCCUGGAAUACCGAUCAACGCCCGGCGCUUUGGGGACAACUUCCAAUUAGGAAGUUCAAUUUCGGUUAUUUGUGAAGAAGGAUUUAUUAAAACCCAGGGAACAGAAACAAUUACGUGUAUUCUCAUGGAUGGAAAAGUGAUGUGGAGCGGACCAAUUCCGCGAUGCGGAGCUCCCUGCGGUGGCCACUUCUCGGCUCCAAGUGGGGUGAUUCUUUCCCCAGGAUGGCCAGGGUACUACAAAGACUCUCUGAACUGUGAGUGGGUGAUUGAAGCUGAGCCUGGACACUCUAUCAAAAUCACAUUUGAAAGGUUUCAGACUGAGCUGAACUAUGAUGUUCUGGAAGUCCACGAUGGGCCCAAUCUUCUGUCCCCCUUGCUUGGAUCUUACAAUGGCACACAAGUGCCCCAGUUUCUAUUUAGCAGCAGUAAUUUUAUAUACCUCCUGUUUACAACAGACAACAGCCGUUCCAAUAAUGGUUUCAAGAUUCAUUAUGAAAGUGUGACUGUGAAUACGUACUCUUGCUUGGACCCCGGCAUACCUGUGCAUGGCCGUCGCUAUGGCCACGAUUUCUCCAUUGGAUCUACUGUGUCUUUCAGUUGUGAUCCAGGAUACAGGUUAAGCCACGAAGAGCCCCUGCUGUGUGAAAAAAACCACUGGUGGAGUCAUCCACUGCCCACCUGUGAUGCCCUGUGUGGAGGCGAUGUUAGAGGGCCGAGCGGAACAAUCUUGUCACCUGGUUACCCAGAAUUUUAUCCAAAUUCUUUGAAUUGUACAUGGACUGUUGAUGUAACCCAUGGGAAAGGUGUGCAGUUCAACUUCCACACCUUCCAUCUGGAAGACCACCAUGACUACUUACUGAUCACAGAGAACGGGAGCUUUACCCAACCACUGGCUCGCCUGACGAGUUCGGAACUUCCAUCAACAAUCAAUGCUGGGCUCUAUGGAAACUUCAGAGCUCAACUACGCUUCAUCUCAGAUUUUUCCAUAUCAUAUGAAGGAUUCAACAUUACAUUCACUGAGUAUAACCUGGAGCCUUGUGAAGAUCCUGGGAUUCCUCAGUAUGGCAGCCGAGUGGGGUUCAGCUUUGGGGUUGGUGACACUCUGACCUUCUCGUGCUCAUUGGGUUACCGGCUGGAAGGAGCCUCCGAGAUCAUCUGUCUUGGUGGUGGCCGGCGAGUGUGGAGUGCCCCUCUGCCAAGGUGUGUGGCUGAAUGUGGUGCAUCUGCAACAAAUAAUGAAGGGAUUUUGCUUUCUCCAAAUUAUCCACUCAACUAUGAAAACAACCACGAAUGCAUUUACAGCAUUCAGGUUCAAGCAGGAAAGGGAAUCAACAUCUCAGCCCGAACGUUUCAUUUAGCACAAGGAGAUGUUCUUAAGAUUUAUGAUGGAAAAGAUAAAACGACACAUCUGCUAGGUGCUUUUACUGGUGCAUCUAUGCGGGGACUCACACUUAGUAGUACUUCCAAUCAGCUCUGGUUAGAAUUUAAUUCUGAUUCUGAAGGGACAGAUGAAGGCUUUCAACUUGUCUACACCAGUUUUGAACUUUCACAUUGUGAAGAUCCCGGCAUUCCACAAUUUGGAUACAAGAUCAGCGACCAGGGCCACUUUGCUGGGAGCACCAUCAUCUAUGGCUGCAACCCAGGCUACACCCUCCACGGAAGCAGCCUCCUCAAGUGCAUGACGGGGGAGAGAAGGGCAUGGGAUUACCCGCUGCCGUCCUGCAUAGCUGAAUGUGGAGGUCGUUUUAAAGGAGAAUCAUCAGGGAGAAUCUUAUCUCCUGGUUACCCCUUUCCCUAUGACAAUAAUCUGCGCUGCAUGUGGAUGAUUGAAGUAGACCCAGGAAACAUUGUCAGCCUACAGUUUCUUGCUUUUGAUACCGAAGCAUCACACGAUAUCCUCAGAGUUUGGGAUGGCCCUCCAGAAAACGAGAUGCUUCUGAAGGAAAUCAGUGGGUCUCUUAUCCCUGAAGGAAUUCACAGCACCCUCAACAUAGUGACCAUCCAGUUCGACACGGACUUUUAUAUCAGUAAAUCUGGAUUCGCCAUUCAGUUCUCCAGUUCGGUGGCCACCGCGUGCCGUGACCCAGGGGUGCCCAUGAAUGGGACUCGCAAUGGAGAUGGAAGGGAGCCUGGGGACACUGUUGUAUUUCAGUGUGACCCUGGAUAUGAGCUUCAAGGACAAGAAAGAAUAACCUGCAUUCAGGUAGAAAAUCGAUACUUCUGGCAGCCCAGCCCGCCCGUCUGUAUAGCACCCUGUGGCGGCAACUUAACAGGAUCUUCAGGCUUUAUUCUUUCGCCGAACUUCCCUCACCCAUAUCCGCACAGCGGCAACUGCGACUGGACCAUCGCUGUCAACGCGGACUACGUCAUCUCCCUGGCAUUCAUCAGCUUUAGCAUAGAGCCAAACUAUGACUUCCUGUAUAUCUAUGAUGGACCAGACAGCAACAGCCCACUGAUCGGAAGUUUUCAAGACAGCAAGUUACCAGAGAGAAUCGAAAGCAGCUCAAAUACCAUGCAUCUGGCUUUCCGGAGUGACGGGUCUGUGAGUUACACUGGAUUUCACUUAGAAUACAAAGCAAAACUGCGGGAGUCCUGCUUUGAUCCAGGCAAUAUAAUGAAUGGCUCCAGGCUCGGGAUGGACUACAAAUUAGGGUCCACAGUCACCUAUUACUGUGAUGCCGGCUACGUUCUCCAAGGGUAUUCUACACUGACCUGUAUCAUGGGAGAUGACGGAAGACCCGGAUGGAAUCGAGCCCUACCAAGCUGUCAUGCACCCUGUGGGAGUCGCUCAACAGGAUCAGAAGGCACUGUUCUAUCACCAAAUUAUCCAAAAAAUUAUAGUGUGGGACACAACUGUGUUUAUUCUAUAGCCGUUCCCAAGGAGUUUGUGGUGUUUGGCCAGUUUGUACAUUUCCAGACAUCACUCCACGAUGUUGUUGAGGUGUAUGAUGGGCCAACUCAGCAGUCUUCUCUGUUAUCUUCCCUCUCGGGAUCCCACUCAGGAGAAUCACUUCCACUGAGUUCAGGUAAUCAGAUCACAAUUCGAUUUACUUCAGUUGGACCAAUAACAGCUAAGGGAUUUCACUUUGUGUACCAAGCGGUUCCUAGAACAAGUUCUACACAAUGCAGUUCUGUGCCUGAACCAAGAUUCGGAAGGAGAAUUGGCAAUGAAUUUGCAGUUGGUUCUUUGGUUCUUUUUGAAUGUAAUCCAGGAUAUAUUCUCCAUGGAUCCUUAGCAAUUAGGUGUGACACAGUGCCCAAUUCUCUAGCCCAGUGGAAUGAUUCCUUACCUACAUGUAUUGUGCCCUGUGGAGGAAUUUUAACUAAGCCCAAAGGGACUAUUUUGUCUCCUGGUUACCCUGAGCCCUAUGACAACAAUCUGAAUUGUGUGUGGAAGAUCACUGUGCCAGAGGGAGCUGGGAUUCAAGUGCAAGUUAUUAGCUUUGCCACCGAACAUAACUGGGAUUCUCUGGACUUUUAUGAUGGGGGAGACAACAACGCGCCAAGGCUUGGAAGUUAUUCAGCAAUUGGUUUGGAUUCUUGUCCUGAGCCGCAGACUCCGAGCAGUGGAAUCAAAAUUGGAGACCGAUACAUGGUUGGGGACGUGGUGUCCUUCCAGUGUAGUCAAGGCUAUUCUCUGCAGGGCCAUUCUCACAUUACGUGCAUGCCUGGACCAGUCAGAAGAUGGAACUAUCCCAUCCCUAUUUGUCUGGCUCAAUGUGGCGGUGGUAUGUCAGAUUUCAGUGGUGUGAUCCUCAGUCCUGGCUUUCCCGGAAACUAUCCCAGCAGCUUAGAUUGCACGUGGACCAUAAAGUUACCCAUAGGAUUUGGUGUACAUCUCCAGUUUGUAAAUUUUUCUACAGAAACCAUACACGAUUACUUGGAAGUAAGAAGUGGAUCAUCAGAAUUGAGUACGGUCAUCGGCCGGCUUAGUGGUCCCCAAAUACCGUCUUCUCUGUUCAGCACAACCCACGAAACCAGCUUGUAUUUUCACAGUGACUACUCACAAAACAAGCAGGGCUUUCACAUUGUAUAUCAAGCCUAUCAAUUACAAAGCUGUCCCGAUCCACGUCCUUUUCGAAAUGGUUUCGUAAUUGGCAGUGAUUUUACCGUGGGGCAGACCAUUUCGUUUGAAUGUUUCCCAGGAUACACCUUAAUUGGGAAUUCAGCUCUUACCUGCCUUCAUGGAGUCAGUCGCAACUGGAAUCAUCCUCUGCCACGGUGUGAAGCUCUUUGUGGUGGGAAUAUCACCGCUAUGAAUGGCACUAUUUAUUCUCCCGGGUAUCCCGAUGAAUAUCCAAACUUUCAAGAUUGCUUUUGGCUUGUAAGAGUACCUCCGGGGAACGGAAUCUACAUCAAUUUUACUGUCCUUCAAACAGAACCAAUCUAUGAUUUCAUUACCGUAUGGGAUGGGCCAGACCAAAACUCACCUCAGAUUGGCCAGUUCAGUGGCAAUACCGCUUUGGAAUCAGUCUACAGCACUUCAAAUCAGAUUCUCAUAAAAUUCCACAGCGAUUUCACAACAAGUGGAUUUUUUGUGCUCAGUUAUCAUGCCUAUCAAUUAAGAGUUUGCCAACCUCCACCACCAGUAGCCAAUGCUGAAAUUUUGACUGAAGAUGAUGAAUUUGAAAUAGGUGACAUUAUUAGAUACCAGUGUCUUCCAGGAUUCACACUGGUCGGAAACGCGAUUCUGACGUGCAGGUUAGGUGAGCGCCUGCAGAUGGACGGGGCCCCUCCAGUUUGCCAAGUGCUGUGUCCUGCCAAUGAGUUACGGUUAGAUUCUACAGGAGUCAUACUGAGCCCUGGAUACCCUGACAGUUACCCAAACCUUCAGAUGUGCGCCUGGAGCAUUUCAGUGGAAAAGGGUUACAAUAUCAGCAUGUUUGUCGAGUUCUUCCAGACAGAAAAGGAAUUUGAUGUUCUUCAGGUGUAUGACGGACCAAAUAUUCAGAGUCCAGUGCUGGUUUCUCUCAGUGGAGAUUAUUCAUCUGCUUUUAAUAUAACAAGCAAUGGUCAUGAAGUGUUUCUUCAGUGGUCAGCGGAUCAUGGAAAUAACAAGAAAGGCUUCCGGAUCAGAUACAUAGCUUUCUACUGCAGCACGCCGGACUCCCCGCCGCACGGCUACAUCAUCAGCCAGACCGGCGGGCAGCUCAACAGCGUGGUGCGCUGGGCCUGCGACCGCGGCUUCCGGCUGGUGGGCAAGAGCAGCGCCGUGUGCAGGAGGUCCUCCUACGGCUACCACGCGUGGGACGCGCCCGUGCCCGCCUGCCAGGCCAUUUCCUGUGGCAUUCCUAAAGCACCAACAAAUGGAGGGAUUCUCACAACAGACUACUUGGUGGGAACUAGAGUCACCUACUUUUGUAACGACGGAUACAGAUUGUCGUCCAAGGAACUCACCACGGCCGUCUGCCAAUCAGACGGGACAUGGAGCAGCCACAACAAGACCCCUCGCUGUGUGGUUGUCACGUGCCCAGGCAUCCACUCUUUUACUCUUGACCAUGGAAGAUGGAGAAUUGUAAAUGGAUCGCACUAUGAAUACAAAACCAAGGUGGUCUUCAGCUGUGACCCUGGCUAUCAUGGCCUGGGUCCUGCUUCCGUCGAAUGUCUUGCUAACGGUACCUGGAGCUGGAGAAAUGAAAGGCCGUAUUGCCAAAUUAUUUCCUGUGGAGAACUGCCUACGCCCCCAAAUGGAAAUAAGAUUGGAACUCAAACUUCAUACGGCUCAACAGCUAUUUUUACCUGUGAUUCAGGAUUCAUGCUUGUUGGCUCUGCUGUACGGGAAUGCCUUUCUUCAGGUCUUUGGAGUGGAUCGGAAACCAGAUGCUUAGCGGGUCACUGUGGAAUUCCCGAGCUCAUUGUGAAUGGUCAAGUCAUUGGAGAAAAUUACGGGUACAGGGACACCGUUGUAUACCAGUGCAAUCCUGGCUUUCGGCUGAUUGGCUCUUCAGUGAGGAUAUGUCAGCAGGACCACAACUGGUCUGGUCAGCUCCCAUCCUGUGUGCCUGUUAGCUGCGGUCACCCUGGCAGUCCGAUUUAUGGAAGAACAAGUGGCAAUGGAUUCAACUUUAAUGACGUGGUAACAUUCUCCUGCAAUAUUGGGUAUCUCAUGCAAGGACCCACAAAGGCACAGUGCCAAGCUAACAGGCAGUGGAGCCACCCCCCACCUGUGUGCAGAGUGGUCAACUGUUCUGAUCCUGGAAUUCCAGCCAAUUCCAAAAGAGAAAGUAAAAUAGAACAUGGAAAUUUUACCUAUGGCACUGUGGUGUUCUAUGACUGCAAUCCUGGAUAUUUUUUAUUUGGAUCAUCCGUAUUGAUAUGUCAGCCAAAUGGACAGUGGGACAAACCAUUACCAGAAUGUAUCAUGGUUGACUGUGGACACCCUGGCGUCCCUCCUAACGCAGUGCUGUCUGGCGAGAAGUACACUUUUGGGUCUACCGUUCACUACUCCUGCACGGGAAGGCGUUCCCUUCUAGGCCUGUCGUCGAGGACUUGCCAGCUCAAUGGGCACUGGAGCGGCUCACAGCCGCACUGUUCAGGUGAUGCUACCGGUACGUGUGGGGAUCCAGGUACUCCAGGUCAUGGAUCUCGACAGGAGAGUGAUUUCAGAACAAAAAGUACCGUACGUUUUGCUUGUGAUACGGGUUAUAUCAUUCAUGGCUCUGAAGAAAGAACGUGUUUAGCCAACGGCAGUUGGACUGGAAGGCAGCCAGAGUGCAGAGCUGUGCAGUGUGGCAACCCAGGAACCACAGCCAACGGGAAAGUCUUUCGACUUGAUGGCACUGCAUUUUCCAGCUCCGUCAUCUACUCCUCCAGAAUAUUUCAACAGCUGUUUCUAAUCACUUUGAAUAUAAUUGCAGCUGUUACGUGCCAGGCUCCUCCCCAGAUCUCUAACGGAAGGCUGGAAGGAACAAAUUUCGACUGGGGCUUUAGCAUUAGCUACAUCUGUUCUGCGGGGUACGAGCUGUCUUUCCCCGCUGUCUUGACCUGUGUUGGGAACGGUACCUGGAGCGGGGAGGUGCCGCAGUGCCUGCCUAAAUUUUGCGGCGACCCCGGGGUCCCUUCCCAAGGGAAGCGAGAAGGCAAGAGCUUCAUAUACCAGUCAGAGGUCUCCUUCAGCUGCAGCUCGCCUUUCAUCCUCGUGGGCUCGAGCACCAGGCUGUGCCAGGCGGAUGGCACGUGGAGUGGCUCCUCGCCUCACUGCAUAGGAAACGUUAUCCAGUUCCAUUGCAAAAAAGGUCACCUGCUCCAAGGGUCUACAACCCGUACUUGUCUCCCUGACCUAACGUGGAGUGGGGUUCAGCCGGAAUGCAUACCCCACAGCUGUAAGCAGCCCGAAACACCUGCUCAUGCAAACGUAGUGGGCAUGGACCUCCCGUCGCACGGGUACACGCUCAUUUACACUUGCCAGCCUGGCUUCUUCUUAGCUGGUGGAACAGAGCACAGAGUGUGUCGAUCUGACAACACUUGGACUGGAAAAGUCCCUGUUUGUGAAGCUGGUUCUAAAAUAUUGGUGAAAGACCCUAGACCUGCACUAGGAACGCCCAGUCCAAAGCUAAGUGUUCCUGAUGAUGUGUUUGCCCAGAAUUACAUAUGGAAAGGCUCUUACAAUUUCAAGGGAAGGAAACAACCCAUGACACUGACAGUCACUAGUUUCAAUGCUUCUACAGGGAGAGUUAAUGCAACACUGAGUAACAGCAAUAUGGAACUACUUCUUUCAGGGGUUUAUAAAAGCCAGGAAGCUCGCUUAAUGCUACACAUAUAUCAUGUUAAAGUGCCAGCUCACGCUUCUGGGAAGAAAAUGAAGGAGGAGAACUGGGCAAUGGACGGCUUUGUGUCUGCUGAGCCUGAUGGAGCUACUUACGUAUUUCAAGGAUUUAUUCAAGGCAAAGAUUAUGGUCAAUUCGGACUACAAAGGCUGGGACUGAAUAUGUCAGAAGGUUCGAACUCUUCGAAUCAACCUCAUGGUACAAACAGUAGCUCUGUGGCCAUUGCUAUUCUUGUGCCUUUUUUUGCACUUAUAUUUGCAGGAUUUGGAUUUUAUCUCUAUAAGCAAAGGACUGCACCCAAGACACAGUACACAGGAUGUUCAGUUCAUGAGAACAACAAUGGCCAAGCAGCGUUUGAGAACCCCAUGUACGACACCAGCGCCAAGUCAGUGGAAGGGAAGGCUGUGCGGUUCGACCCUAACCUGAACACGGUUUGCACAAUGGUAUAACGCGGCGACAGUUUGCCUUCAUCAGUCUUGGAAACCGACACACAACACAGUGCACAUUCAGUUCACUGCGAAACAAAGCACACUUUUCAGGACUUGCUGGGUCACCUUUUCCCGAGGAAUGAUAGA